AUGUACGUGAAACUAGAUACACCAAUGAUGGAGUUUGCGACACCAAAUACAUCAAGGGCGUGGUAUGAGACACCAGAUACACCAUGGGAGGUGUACGAGACACCAGACGCACCAAGGGCGGUGUACGAGACACCAGAUACAUCAUGGAAGGUGUACGAGACACCAGACGCACCAAGGGCGGUGUACGAGACACUAGAUACACAAAGAGCGUUGUAUGAGACACCAGAUACACCAGGGGUUGUGUGCGAGACACCAGAUACACCAAGGGCGAUAUACGAGACACCAGAUACACCAAGGGCGGUGUGCGAGACACCAGAUACACCAAAGACGGUGUACGAGACACUAGAUACACAAAGGGCGUUGUGUGAGACAAGAAAUACACCAAGGGUGAUGUACGAGACACCAGAUACAUUAAGGCGAUGUACGAGACACCAGCCGGUGUACGAGACACCAGAUACACCAAGGGCGGUGUACGAGACACCAGGUACACCAAGGACGGUGUACGAGACACCAGAUACACCAAGGACGGUGUACGAGACACAUAAUACACCAAGGACGGUGUACGAGACACAUAAUACACCAAGGACGGUGUACGAGACAAAUAAUACACCAAGGACGGUGUACGAGACACAUAAUACACCAAGGACGAGCAGUGUACGAGACAGCAGAAAUAUCAAGGACGAUGUACGAGACAUCAGAAACACCAAGGGCGGUGUACGGAACACCAGAACACCAAGUACGGUGUACGAGACACAAGAUACACCACGGCCGGUGUACGAGACACCAGAUACACUACGAGCGGUGUACGAGACAGCAUAUACACCAAAGGCGGUGUACGAGACACCAGAUACACCAAGUGCGGAGUACGAGACACCAGAUACACUACGAGCGGUGUACGACCAGAACAAUAUUUAA